CGGCCAAUGUGUGAUGGGCUUUAUCCUCAACGCGACCAUUGUUUAUUCUUUGUUGUUCCCUGCGUCGAGAAUAUCAAGCCUGGUGAGUCUCCUGAUCGUAACUAUUUAUUCUCGAUGUAAGUAAAUAACAAAAGUGAUCUCUACCGCAUAACGAAAUCUGAAUAUUGUGGCAAUACAGAAUAUCUCGCAGCGCGUUCGAUAAAUAUUCGAGAGGCCUGCGACGUUCGUUCUGCGAGACGAACAAUGGAUGACGUAAAUAUUAACAACAUCUAUCUCGGGAUAGAAGAAAUGGAGUUGGACGGCGAAGAGAAGGAGUGGGUCAAAUUAAGCUGGAUUUACUGUCGGAGCGAUGACGACGGAAAUUCUCAGUCGUCAGAGGUACCGAGGAUGAACGACAACACUGAUGAUUCGGAUAACGAGAUGGCAGACAUGAAGGAUUGUGAUACAGUGUUGUUUACAAGUGCUGAGUCAGAAGACAUAUCCGACGGUAUAUCGGUCAUAACAGAGAGUGAUACAGAUGCUGUCAAUACAAGUCUCUUCCAAGUUUGUCAAUUGGAGCCUCCACAAAUGCUGGAAGUGCAAAUGAGUGGGCAGAAAGAUAUAUGGAACAUUCUGAUUGCUUGUGUACUUGGUAUAAUUAUCGGCUUGACUCUUAGCAAUUUCUUCACAAUUCCUGAAAGCCGUCCGGUCUCAAGUGGAGUUGACGCUGAGAGUCUCAGGAUUGCGAGCCAUGACAUUGUUAACACCUGCAAGGAAUUGGCAGACGUGAAAGCUAUGCUGAACGAAAUUAAAGCACAUAUUCCAGCCGACAGGAAAAUCAGGGAGAAAUUUUUGGCCAAAUUUUCCGAAAUUACUGACUCCUCUGAUAAGACAAGUAGUGAGCCUAUUGUGAUUACCAAAGAAUUUUUCAAUUCUACUUCACAUUCGUUGGAUCAGCUUCAAGGGUCUCUACACGUGCUAUUAUCGUUGACGUUUAUUCGUGAUAAUAACAGUUCUUUGAAACAUAAAAUAACUAAGACGCUGGACAUUGUAAACAAUACAAAAGUAUUUUAUGAUACAUUAACAUUAUUGACUAAUAGCACACAAGAUGAGUUUAACGCCCUGAACUUCUUGCAACACGACAACGAUAAAAUGUAUAACACUUCCAAGUUACUUCUCUCCAACUUGGAAGAAAAAGUGAGCAAGGCAACAGCAAAAGUGUACAACAAAUACGCUAAAGAAAGACACAGGUUGAAUAAAAAGUUAUGUCAUUUGAAAAGUACACUGCCCGAUGACAAACUUUUGAAACAAUUGACCGAGAGUAAUGAGCUGUUUAAAGAUUAUGACAAGUCUUGUUUCUUGAACUACACAUCAAAAACUGUGGAUGACAAAGCGAGAAAGGGAAAUACAAAGAUAAAAGAGCAAAUUAUAAAAACUGAUACGGUAUCGCACCCAAAGUACGAUAAAAGGAAUAACCAUAAAAUUCAUGGUGAUGAUAAAGAGGACUCUCUGAAAAAUGAAAAGAAUGAGAAGCAAAAUGUAGACAAAUCUACAGCAAAGUUCUUACGAAACAGUCGUAAGAUACGCGAUUCCUCUGAGUUGUUUGUCUCUGAGAUAGUAGAAAAUAUAGGCAACUUCAAACACCAAUUAAGCAAGACACUAAACCACUUGACUAAUAUACUACAUAAUGAUGAACGUUUUAAGCAACUGAUUCAUGGUGUUAAAAGAGACAAUAAAGAGUCGGUUAAGUAUCGCAAAGGGAAGGACAGUUCCUUACUAUCAAAUAUAAUGUCGAAAAACAGUUUUGAUGAUAUCUUAAUGCAGUUGAAAAAUACGUUCCUACUUUCAACCGACUAUUCAAAGUUUAAUAUUAACACGAGUACAUUUGACUUAACAAAGGAAAAGACAAAAAAUGACAAAGAAUCGCAAAAGGAACAUACAAAUAGCAAGAAGACUGUGGAUCACGAAAAUUCUGCAAAAGUUUUAUCUGCAGAAAAAGAAAGAAGACCAAGGGAAAAGGACUAUUUUAAAUCGAAUGGUUCCACUGAAAAAAUCGUUAAUUACAAAGCGAAUUAUGAAGGAAAAAAUAUAUCCUUUCAGAAUAAAAUAAACAACCACGUAUUAGACAUUGCCGAUAACUAUCAUAAAUCUAAACAUUCUUCACCUGACGGUUGCACAACAAAGCAAGACAAUCAGCAUUAUACAAAUACAGACCGAGGGAGUGACAGAUCUUAUGAGUAUAAAAAGCAAUGGCAUCUUGACGAUUCGGACUGGUAUUUUCGACGAGCUCAUUCCCGUCGAAAUGCACGAAGACAUGCGGAACGUUUGUAUCAGCAGGUUACUAGGUUGUUUGGAAAAAUCGUCGAUGAAUUGUAAUUGAGUGACGCAGCUAUAGAGAGAUAUGGAAUAUUUUUGUACGUAAAUUCUUAUGCGUGCAUGUGCGUGCAUACCCAUGUGCGCGCACAUUUGUGUAAAAUAUCCCAUAUAGUUUUUUUAACACAUUCUUAAAUAUUCUUUAAAUAUCCAAAUUAUCUACAAUAUCCAGGUAUCAAAUGUUUAUUAAACUAGAUAGUUUUGUUGUUACACGAAGAUAUCUACACUAGAAAGAGAAAUCCUAGAUUGAGAGAAGUAUUAGGAUUUGUCUAAAAAUUAUAGCUAUCGUGCUUCACACACAAGAGAAAAAAUGAAUUACAAGAGAAAUGAGGAAAAUAAAAUAUCAGUAAUAAAAUCAUCAAUAAAAUAAAACUAUCGAUAAUAAAAUAUCAUAAAAUAAAACAAAAUUUGAAUAAACUGUAUGUAAUGUAUCUCGUAUUUAGUUACAAUUUUUGAAAUUCUUUUUUCUUUGAAAAAUUAUUUUUUCUGAAAUAGUAUUUUAUUAUAUAUAACAUUACAUGUAUUUAUGUGUCUUAUAUAUAACUUCAUACAUGAAAUAAUAAAGAAUUUAAUACUUAGAAAUUCGACAUAAUGGAUAUUCAAGAAUAUUGGAGAUUUAUAGGAAUCAUCAGUAACAUGGUUGUGUAGCAUCAGUAUGUAUACGUGUAUGUAUGUACACGUAUAUUGCAAUGUCAGAAACAUUUAUUUCAGUGUAAUAUAAAAUUCGUUGUAUAUGCCAUUAAUGAGUCUCAUUCAUUAUAGUAGUUGCAGAUUAGAAGGUGGCGUCUUGUUAAUAGAAUUUUACGAUAUUAACUUUGUAAAAUAUGCGCGAUUUACGCAUAUCAAGAAGUUACAUGUCAUGACAAUGAUGCUGUGAUAGUACCGAGGUCGUUAUCGAUGAGAGAACGGCACUCACAAAGCGACCUCGUCUAUUUAUUAGUUACCUUAAUCUGAGUCGUGCUCGUGAUAGUCAAUUGCCUAUGUAUAAUAAAUUUUUAACAUCUUGUACGAAAGAAUGCAAAAUAUGUACAGAUGAAUAAGAAAAAUAGAUAAUAUAAAUUUUUAUAAUAAACAAGCUUAUAUUAUUUAUUGUUAAAUAUAUGUAUAUGUAUAUGUGUUACAAGGUAGUUCUAUAUAAUAUAGUUAUCUUGUAACAGUUUUUAAAUGAAAAUAAAUUAUCUGCGAUUUAUACAGUAUUACACAUA